AUUAGGAAAUUCCAAGCAGCCAAACAGGGCAACCAAUCAGCAUUAAUUUGAGUGCAAAAUCAACAAUUUCCCCCAAACUCAAAAGAGUAUAUAUACAUACAUUCUCUUAAUUGGGCGCGCGCGCGAGCAAGAGCGACAGAGCGAUCGUCGGUUUCGGGUUUUGGUCCGCAGAGUGUCUUUCUCUCAGUUGUUUUCGAGCUUUGCUCUUCCAAAUUCACACUCCAAUCUCUUCCCAAGAAGCAACUGAGAGACAGUUUUGAAGCUUCCUUUCCUAGUCAUCAAUGGCGGACGAAACCCUGCCUCCUCAUAGAAGGGACCCAAUCAAGUCUUCAGUUGGAAAUGUUGCUGCAAAUCGAAGACGACAACUUGCAGUAACAGUGGGAAAAGAAAGAAGGGAAGCACUGAUGCGAACGAAGCGCCUGUGCAGGGUGGGAGUUAAUGAUGAUGAUGUCGUCCCCGUUGACAGUGAUAUGAUGAUUGAUGAAGAGCAAUCAGUUUUGGAUGAUCAGACCUUUACAGCUGUGGAAGAGCUAAAGCUUGCCAUUGCAUAUCAGGGGAAAGGAGCAAUGGCAAAAAGGGUGGCUGCCCUUCGUGAAUUAAGGCGUUUGUUGUCAAGAUCUGAAUUCCCUCCUGUUGAAGCUGCCUUAAAAGCUGGAGCUGUACCUCUCCUUGUGCAGGGCCUUUCAUUUGGUUCACCAGACGAACAGUUGCUUGAAGCAGCCUGGUGUCUUACAAACAUAGCGGCAGGAAAGCCAGAAGAAACUAAAGCUUUGUUGACUGCUUUACCAUUGCUCAUUGCUCAUCUUGGAGAAAGGAGCUCCUCGCCUGUUGCUGAGCAGUGUGCAUGGGCAUUGGGAAAUGUUGCUGGUGAAGGGGAAGAACUUAGAAAAGUUCUGCUCUCACAAGGAGCCUUACUACCUCUUGCAAGAAUGAUGCUGCCAAAUAAGGGUUCAACUGUGAGAACAGCUGCUUGGGCACUUUCAAAUUUAAUCAAGGGACCUGAUCCAAGUGCGGCAACAGAACUCAUAAAAAUUGAUGGGGUACUUGAUGCAAUCACUCGGCACUUUAGAAAAGCGGAUGAGGAGCUGGCAACAGAAGUAGCAUGGGUGGUUGUGUAUCUUUCAGCCCUUUCAAAUGUUGCUUUCGGCAUGUUGGUGAAGAGUGAUCUCCUUCAAUUACUUGUGGAAAGACUGGCAACAUCAAAUAGCUUGCAAUUGCUCAUUCCGGUACUGCGUAGUCUAGGUAAUCUUGUUGCCGGUGAUGCUCACACAACUAAUGUUCUUGUUGCUGGACAUGGAAUCACAGAUAAUGUCAUAGCAGCUCUAAUUAAAUGUCUGAAAAGUGAGCACCGGGUAUUGAAGAAGGAAGCAGCUUGGGUGCUAUCUAACAUAGCAGCUGGUUCCAUUGAACACAAGCAGUUGAUUUAUUCAAGUGAAGCUGUACCAUUGUUACUGCGACUACUUUCAACAGAACCGUUUGAUAUAAGAAAGGAAGUAGCAUAUGUUUUAGGUAACCUCUGUGUUGCUCCUUCUGAAGGUUCCGGAAGGCCAAGUUUGAUUCUGGAUCACUUGGUUUCCCUUGUCAGUAAAGGAUGCCUUCCGGGUUUUGUAGAUUUGGUCAGGUCUGCCGAUACUGAGGCUGCAAAACUAGGACUUCAAUUCAUGGAGCUGGUCUUAAGGGGGAUGCCAAACAGCGAGGGUCCAAAGCUUGUUGAGAGAGAGGAUGGGAUCGAUGCCAUGGAAAGAUUCCAAUUUCACGAAAAUGAAGAGCUUCGAAACAUGGCUAAUGAACUGGUUGAUACAUAUUUUGGGGAGGAUUAUGGGCUCGAUGAGUAAAAGGAGAAUUGUGAACCGAGUGACUGAUCCCAUCUCCCACUCCCAUGUACGCAAUUGGCGCACAUUGAGUUGGCCUCAUCUUUUGUGCAAGUUAAAAUCAAUCAUAGAAUUUGCCAAAUGUUGUUCAUAGUUUUGACUGUGAAGACAAAAAGUUCAGUCUUGUAAACUUUGGUGUAAGCAUAUCAGCUAAAGCGGUGUUGAUUAUGUUGAUUAUGUAUCCUCCGGUAUACGGUAGUGUUGUAAGAAACUGUCAUUGUUCUUGGCAUGUGUCCUAUUGUGGAAUUGUAUUUUCGGCUGAAGAUUAUAAGAUCGAAGACGAACAGUCCAGCUUGUGAUCAUCUUGACGUUUUGACGGGAAAAA